AUGCGGCUCUCAAAUUUUAUGGUCCUUAUCGCAGUUUGUUUGGUGGUCAACUCCAGAGGCGUCAUAGGUAGCGUCGACGAACAGCAGGAAGAAUGUCCUGCUUGCCUGAAAACCACUUGCAGGAGCGUCAGUGGCAUCUACACGAGGCCUGACCUGCCUCCUGGUUACUCCCUGGUAGCGCAAAUUCCUGCAGGAGCUUGCAGGGUGCUGGUGCAGCAGCUGAAACAUACCAGGAACUUUCUGGCUUUGAAACAAACGAACGGUUCGUUUAUUGUCAAUGGCGAUUGGAAACAAAGCAACAGCAGGGUUUUCCAAGGAGCAGGAACCAAAUUCGUUUACAUUCGUCAGGAUGAAAACUCCCUAGAGACGCUCACCGCACCAGGACCUUUGUCCAACAGUGUGGAUAUCAUGAUCGUCAACUACCAAACCAACUCGGGCAUAAAGUACGGCUACUCGUUACCAGUGCCGGACUCGCGCUCUUUGGCCCCCCCGCUAAUACAGCGCUCCCCCACCGAAGCGGCGACCCACCGACGACCGGAGCCCGCUUUCAACGUGUCCGCGCACCAGAUGGCCUCGUUCGGCCAGCGGGACGAGGCCAGGCCGGCCGUGGUCUAUCCUGGCAGGAGAACCAGGCUAAGGAGGAAGAAUUUUCAUUGGAAGGUGACAGGGCUGACGGCCUGCUCCAAGUCCUGCGGGGGAGGCAUCCAGACGUACGUGAAAACGUGCACUCGAGACGCCGGGCAUGGCCAGCUGCCCGUCCACGACCGUCGGUGUGCCCAUCUGCCGUCGCCCGCCCCCACCACCCUGCGCUGCAACCCGCAGCCCUGCGCGGUCGCGGCCGGGGCCGAGUGGCGCCUGCGCUGGGGCGACUGCAGCGCCACCUGCGGCGAGGGCGUGCAACGGGGGGUCGCCGUGUGCCAACAGGAGUCGGCAACAGGUGAUGCCUCGGUCAACGAGGCUCUAUGCGAUAGACCUCGGCCUAGCAGCGGUACCCGACCUUGCCGACUCAGAGCCUGCGAAAGCCUGAACAACAACGAGGUUCCACAUGGGGAAAAAGAGGAUAAUAGCAUAAUCGACUGGUCUAUCGGUGAUUGGUCACAGUGUUCAGUUUCCUGUGGCACUGGACACAGAACUCGAUCAGUCGAGUGCCCAUCGGGACGAUGCAAACCUGAAGACAGGCCUGCGCAUGCGGAGUACUGCAAUGUGGGCUCCUGCGAGAAACCUCGUGAAGCUGCUCUUCAAUCGUCGUCUACCACCCUCAGAUCUUUCUCCCUCUGGUUGACAACGGAAUGGUCCAGAUGCUCGGAAGCCUGUGGUACUGGUACCCAGACCAGGUUCGCUACCUGCGCAUACCCUGACCAAACCAGAUGCGUCGAAGAAUCCAGACCUGAGCUGUCUAGAGCUUGUUCUAGCGAGAAGGCUUGUGAUGCCCAGUGGUUCAUCGGUCCAUGGAAUUCUUGUUCAGAUUCUUGUUCCGAUAGAGCCAAGCAGAAACGCGAAGUCUUCUGCGUGGUCAAAAUCAGAGGAAAAUCACACAUCACCAACGAUAUGACAUGUCCAGCCCACCUGAAGCCCAAUGACGAACAGCCCUGUGAUGGAAGCUGCCCUCCUCACUGGUACUUUGGAGAUUGGAGGCAAUGUGAAGGUACUUGCCCAGUUGGUAUCCAAAGGAGAGAGGUCAGAUGUUUGGACAUCCAUGGAAGAGACACAAAUGGUUGUCCUGAGAACGACAUGCCUGUGGCGAAAAGGACUUGUGCUUGUGAGACGAAUUCGGAUAGUGGGGAGAGAUAUCAACCAGCGCAAGACGAACCAGCAGAUCGAUCUUGUGUGGAUAGAAUUCGCAAGUGCAAGCUGGCAGUGCAGGCCAGAUUAUGUCACUACCCGUACUACGUCAGCCAUUGCUGCGAAUCGUGUAGGAGAGGAAGGGAUCUUCUGGAAUAA